ACCUCCUCAUCACCUGGCACGCUGGAUCAUGGCCCCGACAACACCCACAGCAACCUAGAACUGAACACCACCUGACUAAUAGGCAUGCCAAUCGCUUAAAGUUCGCUGCAGUCCAAAACCCACCCUCGUGGCGACUCCCACCUGCCGUCCGCAUGAUCGGAACUCUCUUUUUCCUAUCUCUCCAGCCGUCACCGAGUUGGCAAAAUGCCACUUUCUGAACCUCAUGGCUGGAGAUUCAGAACAGAGCAGUGGAAAGCCCGCCCGGCCUUUUCGCAAGGGCUACCAUAGAAGAGCACCUCGUGCCUGCGACGAAUGCCGCCUGAGGAAGAUCAAGUGCGACGGAUCACUGCCUUGUGGCCCCUGCAGUGUUUCUGACGAUGGUGAGUGGCGGCCACUUCUAUCGCAGCUUGGAGGAGAUCACUGCGCUGACGGCACCAGUCUGUUCCUACGACCCUGGGACUCGACCUCGGGAGACGCCCACCCAGAGGAUUCGGAAGCUGGAGGCAUGUCUACGGGCAGCACGAAUGUCGCUGGUGCGGCUCAAGGCUCAGAAUCAGAUUCUCGCCAAUACCGAUAUCGACUCGGUGCUCAACACGCUAGAUAACUCGUACCCAGAGGCCUCGGACGACGGAGACUCCAGUGGCGGCGACGACAAUGCCACCUCAGCCCGCUUAGCCAGCAUGAUGGGUAGAGCUGGUCGGUUCGUGCCUCUUUCACCCACCCAAACCACCUUCUAUGGAUCUUACUCCGGAUAUUCUUUCGUCUUCAAGACUCUAGAGCUGUUCCGGAGAAUGCCUGACAGUGCAGCCUUGACGACUGAGACUCAGAAUAUCACUACAGCCUUGUUCAACGCACCGGUCGCGGAUGCUGAAGCAGGCGCGCAGUACUCCUCGCAGUUCCAGAGUCUUCCGAGUCUAUCUAUCACGCUCAGUCUUCUGGACGUUGUCUUCACCAGAUGUAAUCCAUUGAUUCAGUUCGUCCACGAGGCCGAUUUUCGAGACAUGGUCAAUCGCCUGUACAGCGAAUCUGCGCUUCAAUUUGGGGCAUCAAGCCAUAACUUCAUGCCACUGUUCCAUGGAAUUCUUGCAAUUGCACUAUUGUUUGAUGUGCGAUCCCGCAAAAAGCAUGGGUGCGAAGACAUUGUCAACGAAGCCACGAGGCAUUUCCUUCUGGCUCGGAGGGAACUCGACGUUGCUCAGUGUGCUGAUCUCAUAUCCAUGCAGACAAUACUAUGUCUCAUCUACUUUCUGGUCACAACAUCUCGUCUGACUUCCGCAUACACAUAUCUUGGCAUUGCUUGUACGUCGGCUUUGAGGCUUGGCUUGCAUAAAGACAUCGGGAAAGAUAUCUCGAUAUCUGAAGUACAACAAGACGCCAGGCUCCGAAUCAUGCUUGCCGUGCUACAGUUCGACACUUUAGUCAGCAUAGUUCUGGAUUUGCCAACUCGCAUCAAUCCCAAUUCCAUCGACCCGGGUGUUAUGGCCUCAUUGAAAACGGACUUUGGCAAAAGGUCGGCCAGUGCUCGUGAGGCUGUUUCGGCGACUCACGCGAAACUUCUGGCAUCAGCCAAGCACUUGGAAUUGUUGAGCCUCACCGCAACAGGACUUCGAAGCAUAUUUAGCCACGGCACCCAGAAGGGCAAGCGCACAAAAGACCUAGUCUUUGACAAUGUUGACUCCGUCAACAUGAGAGGAGCUGAGGAUUCAUUCCGCAAAUGGGCCAGAGCUUUGUCUUGCUUGCCUGUGAUUCCCGACAAGCUUGAAGUGUCAGCAAUCAUGAAAUUCGAACUGGAAAUGGCAUUCUAUUUUGGCCAAUUCGUCUUAUACCAACCAUUCUUGCAUUACCUCAUACAGAUGGCCGACGGUGCACCCAUUACGAGGACUCAAUCACAGCACGCACUAGCUUGUAUCAAAAUCGCAGCUACAACAAUUAGUCGCGCUGAGGUGAUGCAUCAACGCGGUUUGCUUGCUCCCGCUUCCUGGAGUGUCAUCUACACACUUUUCCUGGCGGUCAUGUGCCUCCUGUUCCUGAUAGCGACGCACAACGGCACAUCCCGACCUAGUGAAGCAUGGAAGAAGGGAGAAUUGGGCAUCAAGCUUCUGGCAACGAUGCGUUGUUACGACAACGGUGCAGUCAGGUGUUUGUGGAUCAUCAAGAUGGUUAUUAAACAGCUCUCUCACACUGUGCAAUUUGAUGUUGAUCAAAUCGUCGCGAGCGCCGAAUGUUUGUGCCCCUGCACAAGGUCGAAUUUGAUACCGACAGAAUCACUGGACCGCAGACCAUCACGCGAUCGUUCAGACAUCAACGCCGGGGCUAGUGGAUAUGCGACACCGGAAACGCCGCAUGAUGCACGUGCCUAUCCAUCGGUCUGGAACCGACCAGGCAUGGACCAACUUCUGGCCUCUAAUCAGGACUCACCACGGCAUGAUGCAGAUUUCAUUCUUGCCGAGGCCCAGGCCAUCUCAUUGACGUUACCUAUCGACAAUCUCGAAUUAUUCGCCUCGGAAGAGGUCUGACCGGAGAUAAGAGCGCGCAUCUAGCGAAAGGCUGCCAAUUGUCGUGUGACAGGCUUCAGGCUGAGAGGACAACGAUGUCAACCGGCCAACCACACUUUAAGUGAUGAUUUCGACGCCGAAUCCUACGGAUCUAGGGACGGACCCGCCUCGAAAACACGACUCAAGACUCAAACAUCCGUUUUCUGCUUGAGGGGGAUCUUCUUUGCAGAGGUCGAGCAUGGAUUGCAGACGGGACGGUUCUCGGAGUGAAGAGGACGCCACGCCCCUCGUAUGCUCCAAGCUCUUGCUCUUUUGGUGUCCUGAUCCAAGUGUCAUGCCAAAGGCAAACGUUUCCUUAUAAUGUGUGUCCAUUGGGAAAAGGCGAAGCAUUAACCAUGAGGUCACAGACUCAAGCGAAUGCAUCGCCUGGGUUCCUUUCCUCACGCAAGACGCCCUUGUCUCGAGAGUUGCCGUGUACAGGUGAAUGGCGUUCGUCGAGGCUUGGGAUGGCAGUGGGAUUUGGCGGGCCAUUGGAGAGGGACACGGACGAACAGGGGGAGCGCGCGCGAACAGCGAAAGGAAAGGCCACGGUCACGAGCUCCCAGAAUGCGAGGCUGAACAGCCCCUGAAAUCCGGUACUUUUUCCCGCCGGCAAUGCUGCUCCGUCCUGACGUCCCUGUCCUUUUUUCGCCCUGGGGGAUUGAUUGCACGAUGCUACUCCGGAGUACAUGGAUUUUGAAGCUGCUUGUUAUAUCGUCGCAGCAUUGCGGCGUGAUCAUGUACCUAGCAUUUCUUGAACAAAUGACAUCUCUAUUAUAUGGUAUGAUAUGAUUCGACGUGGAACCGUGCAUCGAUAUGCCCCAUUGUUCGAGAUGCCGGCGUGUCAUGAAGACGUACAUACAUACAUACAUUAGCAAAUCGCCGAGUUC